AUGUCGUUAGGCGGCAAAUUGAUUGCAAGCGAAAGUGAAAUGUGCGUGGGUGUUGAUAGACUGUGUCUGAAAAAUCCUUAUGGAAAUGGCGACUCAACUUGUAUAACAUAUGAUGCUGUAAAUGCUGCUUAUUUGGAUGCUCGCAAGAGAAUACAUGUUUCCCAGCCCAAAGGUGAUUGGAAGGCUGAAGAUAUUGCCACCGUUGGUGAACUCUUAUUGGAUAUUUCCAUACAAUUGGCCAGAACUUAUGGCUUGUCAUACGAGGAAAUUGAAAAGGGUCUGCCCACCAUUGACACCUCCAAGACACUGAUCCGUGAAGUGUGUCCACCCUUCUUUUCCGGCGUCGAAUGCCGUCCAGGUAAGUAUAGACGUUUUGAUGGUUUGUGCAACAACAUUGAACAUCCGACAUGGGGUGCUGCCAUGGCACCGUUCCAACGUUUAAUCGGUCCCCUGUAUGCCGAUGGCAUCAAUGCUCCACGUAUUUCGGUGACUGGACGUGAUUUGCCCUAUUCACGUGUUGUAUCGCGCACCAUGCAUCCUGAUGAUGGUUAUCAUGAUCAUGCUGGCACUGUUAUGGUCAUUGCCUGGGGUCAAUUUAUGGAUCACGAUUUUACCUUAACUGGCACACCUUUGGAUCCCAUCAAUCGCAAUGAUCCCGAGGAAUGUUGUAAGCGUCCAUUGCAUUUGAAACAUCCCUAUUGUAAUGAGAUUCGUGUACCCGACGAUGAUUACUUCUAUCGCCUGUUCAAUGUUAAGUGCAUUGAUUUUGUUCGAGGCUUCCCUUCACCUAGACCUGGCUGCCGUUUGGGUUCCCGCCAACAAUUCAAUACUUUGACCGGUGUCAUUGAUGCCAAUACCGUUUAUGGUGUUAAUGAGAAAUUCGCCCGCAAGCUGCGUACCGGCUACGGUGGUCUCUUGCGUAUGAACCCUGUCUUCCAGGAAUAUGGUCUGAAAGAUUUGUUACCCUUGAAGUUGGAUAUUCCCGAUGAAGGCUGCACACGCCCCAACAAGAGUAUGUUCUGUUUUGAGGCUGGUGAAAUUCGUGUCAAUGAACAAUUGGUAUUGACCUGUAUGCACACCCUGAUGGCCAGAGAACAUAAUCGUAUUGCUACCGGUUUGGCUCAAAUCAAUAAACAUUGGGAUGAUGAGACACUGUUCCAGGAGGCAAGACGCAUUAACAUUGCCAUUGUCCAGCAUGUGACCUAUAAUGAAUUCUUGCCAAUUCUGUUGGGCAAAGAGGUUAUGGAGAAAUUCGGUUUGGUCUUGCAAAAGGAUGGCUAUUGGGAUGGUUAUGAUCCAAAGGUUAAUCCGGGUAUUAUUGAUUCAUUUGCUGGUGCUGCAUUCCGUUUUGGUCAUUCGCUGCUGCCCACCGCUGUGGAACGUUGGUCGAAGGCUCAUAAAUUUAUUGCCUCCAAGAGAUUGUCGGAUUUGAUUCGUCGCCCUUACGAUUUGUAUAGAGCUGGUGUUUUGGAUGAAUACUUUAUGGGUUUGAUGAAUCAAGUGGCCCAGGCUAUGGAUGAUUCGAUUACGCAGGAGGUUACCAAUCAUUUGUUCAAGAAAGAAGGUGCUAGAUUUGGUAUGGAUUUGGUGUCGUUCAAUAUGCAACGUGGUCGUGAAUUUGGUAUACCCGGCUAUAUGGAAUUCCGUAAAUUCUGCGGUCUACCCACCUCGAAUACCUGGGAUGAAAUGUUUGGUUCUAUGCCCAAUGAUACGAUUUUGAGAUAUCAGAGUAUAUUUGAACACCCUGCCGAUAUUGAUUUGUGGUCUGGUGGUGUCUCUGAAAAAUCUCUGCCCGGUUCUAUGUUGGGUCCCACCUUUGCCUGUGUCAUUGCCACCCAAAUGAGCUAUUUGAGACGUGGUGACCGCUUCUGGUAUGAAUUGCCCAAUCAGCCAUCAUCAUUCACACCCGAACAAUUGCAAGAAAUCCGCAAGGCCAAAUUGUCGAGGUUGAUUUGUGACAACACCGAUCUGAUAGAUACAGUACAAAUUUAUCCCAUGGUUUUGCCUGAUCAUGAAAUUAAUCCUCGUGUACCCUGCAAGAGUGGUGUCAUACCCUCAAUUGAUUUGACCAAGUGGGCCGAUUAUGCUAGUCCUGAUAUAGCUUCACCAGUUUUUAACUACAUCAAUGAAAUUCCCGAUACUCUACUAAAUUUCCGCAAAAAGUAAAUAGCAAAUGGUCAGGUUUUGUAAUGCACCGCCCUGCAUUUUUUUAAUCU